AUGCCUUCCUUACGCCCUCCGCUACACCUCAGCCACGCCGCACGCUAUCUACGGUGCGGAUACCGUCGUGAACGCAUCAUACGCUUGCAGCAGCUUCGAAGUUGUUCCUGCUCUGCACCGCGGCCGCAUCCUAUACACGCUACAUCCACCCAGACCCUGAAUCCGACCACACGAGAUCCUCCUACACCCCCUGCGGAUCAUCGCGAGCUUGGUGCAUCCCAGAACCUCUUUACCACAUCUCCCUACAGUCCCGGCUCGCCGCUGUUUCUGCCCAAUGGCGCUGCUAUGUUCAAUAAGCUUGCCGAUUUCCUUCGCGCCCAGUAUCCUAACUUCGGCUUCCGAGAAGUUGUCACCCCUACCAUCUACAAGAAGUCGUUAUGGCAGACGUCCGGCCACUGGGACAAUUACGCAGACGAUAUGUUCGAGGUUCGCGGACGGGGUGCAACCGGGCAGACUGAGAACGCUAGGGAAGGGCAAGACGAGGAGUUUGGAUUGAAACCAAUGAACUGUCCAGGGCACUGUCUACUUUUCAAGGGCGAGAAGAGAAGCUAUCGCGAUUUGCCAAUACGAUAUGCGGACUUCAGCGCACUACACCGGAACGAAAUAUCUGGCGCGCUGAGCGGAUUGACCAGGGUAAGGAGAUUCCAUCAGGACGAUGGACACAUAUUCUGCCGACCGUCGCAGAUCCUGGAGGAGAUCAAGCUCACGCUAGACUUUGUUGGCAUGGUAUACAAGACAUUUGGUCUUGGCCCGUAUAAGCUGGUGCUUUCGACUCGCCCGGCGCAUCACUACAUUGGGACUCCUGAGGAAUGGGGAAGGGCUGAGGAUCAACUGAAGGCAGCCCUUGACGCUAGUGGACGUGACUGGAGCAUCAACGAGGGUGAUGGUGCCUUCUAUGGCCCCAAGAUUGAUAUCAUCCUCAAAGAUUCUGACGGGAAAGAACACCAGACAGCUACUAUACAGCUCGACUUUCAGCUCCCGCAACGCUUCGAGCUCGAAUACACUGCACCUGCGCCAGAGCUGGAGCGCAGGGGGGAGGUAACGCCGGACACUGAUCCAGCCCUCCUCUCUGAAAGCGGCCCCGUAACGCCGGUCAUCAUCCACCGCGCUAUUCUUGGCUCUUUGGAGCGCUUCCUCUCGUUGCUAAUUGAGCACUACGACGGCAAAUACCCGUUCUGGCUCUCACCACGUCAAGCCAUUGUUUUGAGCGUCUCGCAAGAGCCCGCCGAACUCAAGUAUGUUGAAGAGGUUGCGAAGCGACUCAGGAAAAAUUGGCACAGCGAGAGACCUGCGCCGCUAAAUCACAUGUACCACAAUGUUGACCAGGACACUUCUGCGCGUUCACUGGGUAAAAAAAUAAGAGAAGCAAAGGGUAAAGGGUACAACUUCAUCGCCGUAGUCGGACCGAAUGACGUCCAGAUGAACACGUUGACGCUGGAGAUGUCGAACCAUCGCGCGAAUGAUCACGGUUCGUUGAAGGAUUACGUUGAGGGGGCGGCUCCAGGGACUGUUCGAGCCUUGUAUGCUUUGCUUAUGAAAGACAAAAAGACUAUCACGUCGUCUGGGAAGGCGGCUAAGCUUUUUGAUCAUUUGCUCGAGACAUAUCAAUAA